CCGCCUGCUCCCGCCCCGCUCCGGGGGACCGGGUAGGGCCGAGCAGGGCCGGGUAGGGCCGGGUGCUGCGCUGCGGCGACGAGGAGCAGAGCGGGGACUGGUGCGGGAGCGGGUGGGGUCUCCUGGGGAGGUGAGCGUGUGCCCACCGCGUGGGGUUUGUUCUAGGGGCUAAAGUUUUUGGGCUAUUGUCAUAGGGACGGGAGUGGUCAGGAGGGCCACGUUUGGCUAUUCGGGGAUUGCGCAACGAGUGACAAAAUGCCUCUCUUUUGCGGUAGCUAGUUGUUAGAGGUGGCGAAGCACCCCUCCUGCUUGCAAAUUAUGGGGAGGGGGUUACGGAGACGUCUUGCUGAUGGCCGCUUGGGCGAGCUGCGGGUGGCAGGCACGGCUCGGGCGGUGGUGGUCGCGGGGGCUCGGCACGGCUCGGCUCGGCUCGGCUGGGCUCCGGUGCUGGCGCUGCCGGCCCUUAGGAUUGGGCUCCGCGAGGGGCCAGGCUGCUCGCUGCGCCCUGCCUUCCGGACGGGCUGUUUCGGUAACUUCAACGGGAAACAGUUUUUAAUUCCAUCACCCGGAUGAUUUUUUUAAGUAUGCUAUGCUUCUAGAGUUGGGGGUUAAAUCCAGGGUUUGGUUAGUCGAACGCGGUGAUCAAAAAAGUACCAUAGAGCUACCUAGGGUGAACUAACGUGUGCUUUACAGGUAUUCAGCAUUCUGUUUUUCAAAUCCUAAACCUUCUCAGAAAGGGCCUGUUUUGGUAUUUAAGUGACACUGUGCACGACGUUAGUGUUUGGGGCUUGUGUUAGUGUGCUCACGGCAGUAUCUUGUGCAGCAGGGUAAGGAAUGAAAGUGGUGGUCAUGAAUGAAGCCAGCAUUAUUUUCCAGAUAAAAAGCAGAAGCUCUGCAGUUAAGUGAAUUAAGAUGUCUCUAAAUUAGUUGCAGCCUAGCUACAGACAUGCAUCAGCGUAAGUGAGAUCUGGAAAAAGAGAAGCUGUGCGAUGCAGUUCUUAAAAUCAGAAGAUGAACUAUGGGUGUUCUGCUGUCCAUUAAAAAGGGACAAACAACCUCUCAGGCUGUUGUUCCCUUUUUGUUGUUCUCUGAACUGGAACUGUUUUGUUCCAAUUUUGUUCAGAACCUGCAUUUCCUUAAUCGCCUUUCUAGAAGGUUUUGGCUGACCCUUAGGUACUUGGUCUCAGACCUCGUGGGGAGGGAAAGCUGCUGUGCCUUGCACCUGGGUGCUGCUGAAGGCUGCUUCUGUGCCUGUUAGAGUAACACUGCAGGAAAGCAAGGAGCUGGUUGGGUGUGUGCUGCCUUUGGGCUGUUGCAGCACCUUAGUGUGAGCUCUGAGAGCGGAAGGAAGAGCCUGGGAGCUCCCCACGGUGUGGAGGAGGAUGGGCGGCACUGACCCUAGACAGCGCAGCGCUUGAGAACAGUUAUAAGCAGAUCUACGGCAAUGCAAGCACAUAACCCUGCACCGGCACCUGGAUUUGCAAAUGUUGGCUAUGCACAAGGAAAUCAGGUCCCCUAUGGCUACCCGCAGUAUGCACCUGGGAAUUUCCAAGGUGGUGCUGGAGCAGGGCCCUAUGGUUUCCAGGCACAGCCCAUGGGAGGCCCACCUGGUCUGGGUGGUCCACCCAUCCAGAACCAGCCCACCGCCAAGGACGGGACAAUCUGGAUGCCCAUCCCUCCUCCUCCUCCCAGCUGCCCUCCCGGUCUGGAAUACCUCACACAGAUUGACCAGAUAUUAAUUCAUCAGCAAACCGAACUUCUUGAGAUUUUCCUUGGAUUUGAAUCAAACAACAAAUACGAAAUCAAGAAUACGCUGGGGCAAAGGGUGUACUUUGUGGUAGAGGACACUGACUGCUGUACAAGGAACUGCUGUGGGCCAUCACGACCUUUCACCAUACGGAUUAUGGACAAUCUGGGUCGUGAGGUGAUAACACUGCAGAGACCCCUGAGGUGUUCGUCGUGUUGUUUCCCCUGCUGUUUACAGGAGAUAGAAAUUCAGGCACCUCCAGGAACACCAGUUGGUUAUGUUGUCCAGAACUGGCAUCCCUGCCUACCCAAGUUCACUGUUCAAGAUGAGAGAAGAAUGGAUGUACUGAAAAUUAGUGGCCCAUGUGUUGUCUGCAGCUGUUGUGAGGAUGUUAAUUUUGAGGUGAAGACUUUGGAUGAGAUUUCUACCAUUGGGAAGAUUUCUAAGCAGUGGACUGGGUUUUUGAAAGAAGCGUUUACAGAUGCAGAUAACUUUGGAGUUGCAUUCCCAAUGGACCUUGAUGUAAAAAUGAAGGCAGUCAUGAUUGGCGCUUGCUUUCUUAUCGAUUUCAUGUUUUUUGAGCGUAUUGGUGAUAACCCGCAGCGAACAGGAGUGUGGCAGUGAAAUCUAGAACUUUUUAUUUAGAAGGAAGAAAAUAAACCACCCAGCUUUCCAGCGGAUUGCAGAGCUCCCAUGAGAAUAUGAAAAAUGUAUAUCUUGUGCUUGUAAUUAUAUUUCUAUAAACUAAGAGCUUUGUUGUCUAGCUUCUGUUUUUGUAAUCUAAUUAUGUUAUUUGUAGUAUUAAAAUAAGCACCCUUUGCCUGUACAGAUAAAUACUGUAGUAUAUAACAAUAUAUAGCAACCUUUUUCCAAGAAAUUUGGAAUUGUUUAUUAAAAAUUCUUAUUGUAAUUCUUAAAAAAAAAAAAAAGACUACUUUUUUUGUUCAAUAUUAAUAUAAGCAGUCAGCCUAAUAAAGAGGUCCUGAUCUUU